AUGGUGCUGCACUACCCUGGCAGGGAGCAAAAUGUCUUGGUGGGCUCCCUGGUUUUGGGGCUGGAGGGGGCCCAGCCCCUGGAGCCCCAGCCCCAUCGACCACUCGGCUGGCCCAGGCUGCACCUCCAGUGCCGCCGCUUGCAUGCGGUUUUCUCUUUUCUCCUGUGUUCUCUUGCAGUUACGGAGAAGGAGGUGCAGCAGUGGUACAAGGGCUUUAUCAAGGAUUGCCCCAGCGGGCAGCUCGAUGCCGCCGGCUUCCAGAAGAUCUAUAAGCAGUUCUUCCCCUUCGGCGACCCAACCAAAUUCGCCACCUUUGUUUUCAACGUCUUCGACGAGAACAAAGGACGGGGGUGGGGCAUAGUCCCCAGCACCUCGGUGUUGGUCUGUCUUGCAGGGGCGUUCAAGCUCUAUGACUUGGACAACGACGGGUACAUCACAAGGAACGAGAUGCUGGACAUUGUGGAUGCUAUUUAUCAGAUGGUGGGAAACACGGUGGAGCUUCCUGAGGAGGAGAACACGCCAGAGAAGAGGGUGGAUCGGAUUUUCGCCAUGAUGGACAAGAAUGCGGACGGGAAGCUGACGCUGCAGGAAUUUCAGGAGGGCUCCAAGGCCGACCCCUCCAUCGUGCAGGCGCUCUCCCUCUAUGACGGGCUCGUAUAGUCCCGGGGCCGAGCGGCGAUGCCUGGGGGAAGAUGCUCUCCGUGCCAUCCGACCACCGC